CCAGGUUCUGCAGUGCUUGUAAUCGAUGCUGGUCUUUUUGUAAUAAACCUUUAUAUACAAUCAAGACGGUGUCGGCGGACUUCUCUUCAAUACAUCUUCACAUCAUCGCUACUUAGUAUACAACAAAACUUGGCGUCACGAACUCCGGACGUGCUGUGUCCUGCUGCCUCACUGACGACUUCAAUGUGCUGACUCCCGCUUCAAGCCGGCAAAUACGACGGAGAAGGAGGAGACGGAGAGAGAGAGGAGGUGCUGGCCAGUGCGUCACACGGAUUGAGGCUUGCUGCCAACAGCGUGUGCAGCUCCUGAAUCCAGUCUGCUCAAGGCCAGUGCGGUUUUAUCCACAAACUCUUUCUAACAAACACCUGCAUUUUUGACAUAUAUGUGUUCACUCAUUUAUUGCUAAUAUUUCUGAUAUUCAUUUAGUUUGCUUUCAUUUAUAGUUUAUUAUAAACACAUUUCUCAAUUUAGGGUUAAUAGAGGACAUCUAUCUGCUUGUGUAUGCCUAAAAUAUUUCAUGUUGUGAACAUUUAGCAUGAGACUUGGCAACGGACUGAUCAAUUAAUGUAUUAUGAUUACUUGGUUUGAAUACUGACGAGAAGUUGCAAAUUGUAGUUUUUGUUGGUGCAAAGGUUUGUUUUGAUUGGAGUUGCAUUGGAGAUUUAGUGUUGAGAUUAUUCUGUGCAUUAAGGUGAUUGGGUGAUAAUUAGACGAUUGUUUUGUUGCAAAUAACACCACACUUGGUGAUAGUUGCUUCCUUGGAGUAGUGUGUGAUCUUUUGAGUUUCAUAUAGGAUUGAAUUUUCUCUAAUUUGCAGGAUAUUUGUGAACGUUUUCUUCAUGGAAGUUGCUAGACUGCUGGUGCUUUUGGUCAAUAGUAUAUAACUGUAACACCAAAACCCACAUGGUGUUGUAAUUUUGCUGAUUUACAAGUCCUUUGAUUUCUCUGAAGUUGACGAAUUAUUUUCGCUUUGCUUUGUUGAUUGUGGUAUAUUGUGGCCCAUAAACAAUUUGGUAGAAUUAAAAAAAAAAAAAAAGAAGAGGAAAAGAUAAGCUAAAUAGAUGUAAGUGUUCUGAGUUUAAAGAAUUAGUUUUAAUCUACUACUAAUAAUAAUAAUUCACAAUAAGGGAACAUAGAAGGGUUGUUACAAUGCCGAAAAAGGACAAUAAAAUUCCGAAAGUAACAACUCCAGUUGAUGUAGUAAAAAAGAAUAAUCCUUUAGUUUGUGGUAUCACAAAGUUAUCGGGAAAAUGGCACAAGCGUUGGCCUGACAUUGAACAACCAUGGCCAGUGGAAGGGACUCUUAACCCAGAUGUAAUUAAAACAAUGCAAGUGCUUGUGUCCACCUAUAAGGUGAAUCAAAAGAAGGGGAAAAAAGGGAAAAAACGCAGAGAAAAGAGACAAACAGAGCUCGGCAUUCUCCAGUUGUUUGAAAAUGAGGGACAGAAACUGAUAAAAGCAGCAAAAGAGAAUAGAGAUAAAGGUGCAGAAGAAAUAGCAAAAGAUGCAAAAAUAACAGAAAAACUAAUGGCGGAAAUCAAUACACCUUUCUAACAUACGGAUCCAGUAAAGAAACCCCCAUCUUAUGAGAAGGAGGUGAAGUUUAAGGACAUCUAUCCUCAGCUUCCAGUGAUCAGUCAGGAGGGUGAUUACUGCAUCAGAGAUGAGGAUGACCAAAUAAUAGAAAUUGGACAAGCGGAAACAACUAUAAAGAUGAAGCCAAGCUCCAAAAGUAAGAAGAAAAUGACACACCUGGAAACCAAAGGGAGACUAAGGAUCAGGAAGAUGGGAUUCAGAGAUGAUGAUGAUCAAAGUGAUUCAGAGGAGAUCAUGGGUGGAUAUGAUCCUGUGGUCAGACGGAAACUGGUAAGAGCAGAAAGGAGAGGUGAUGAAAUAUGGAAGAAAAAGAACAGAGGAUAUUAUACCUCUGAGGACAGUGAAAAUGUAGACAGCGAUGAAGACGUGGUGAAUAAAGGUGCUUCAUAUUCAAGAGGAUUUUAUCCUGCAACGUACAGUACCAGAAUAGAAGAGGUUGAAAGAAGCAUGGACCGAUGUUGUUUGGACUUGGAUAAGUCAACCAAACCAGAAGAAAUAAGAGAAUUGGAAGACCAGUUGGAGAAGCUGAAGAGACAGAAGGAAAAAUUGAGGGGAAAAGAUUCCCGAAAGAAGUAUACAUUGCGUCCAAGAAGAGGGGAGACACUUGAGAAGAUGCUUCCGGUGAUCAUCCGAGGACAGAAUUUGGAGUACAAGCCUUGGCAGAGCACAGAUAUGUCAGACAUACUUGAGAAAUUGCCUACUCUUCAAGAUGGAGCGCAUCCUUGGAUUUCAAAGUUGGAAGAAAUUACGGUGGGAACACAGUCUGCCAUAGGAGAUAUUAAGAGACUUUUGGCUAAUCUCCUUGGGGUUCCAGCUAUGGAAGACAUCCUACAGAAAGCAGGACUUAAUCGAUAUGUGGGGACAGCUGUGAAUGAUCCUGAGCUGUUUGCUGCAAGUAGAGGUCGGAUGUGGAGAGCGUUGAGAGAAACGUUUCCAACAAAUGUGCAUCCUGACAACAUUCUCAUUGAGUCCCUGGGACAGGACGAAAAUCCGAGAGCCUAUGUGUCAAGAGUUCAUCAGGUGUGGAGAAAUGUCACUGGAAAUGACCCGGAUUUGAGUCAAAUGGAGCAGUCAAUUUUGCGAGCCAAACUACAGAAGGGGCUGCCCCUACCAGUAAGGAGCAAACUGGCAGAGGUGGUUGGACUUGGAAGAAUGGUAAAAGGUGUCUAUACGGAUCAUAUAGCCCAUCAAGUGGAGCUAUAUAGGAAAAAGGAGCAUGAUCAGGAAGUGCAGGACCAAGAGAUCCUCAGAAAACUCAAUCAAAUACAACUGGUGGAGAAUAAGAGGAAGGAGGGGUCCUAUGCGUGAGUUGGUUGUGGACUAUGUUGCCAUGGUAAAACCAGUUGAAGGCAAGAGGUACAUGCUAGUUGUUGUGGACAGAUUUUAGCGAUGGGCGGAGGCCUGUCCAACUAAGCGGAAAGAUGCUCAGUCACUUGCCAAGUUUCCAAGUUUUUGUGUAGAGAAGUCAUAAGCCGGUGGGGACUUCCAGAUCGUAUAUCCUCAGACAAUGGGAAAGAGUUCGUGGAUAAGACAGUGAAAUUGAUUUUGCAAAAAUUGGGAAUUAAACAACGUCUUGGAGCAGUUUAUCACCCGCAGAGUCAAGGGAUGUGUGAAAGAAUGAAUGGUGUUUUGAAAAAUCGCAUUGUAAAGAUUUGCCAGCACACGGGUUUAAAUUGGAUAGCAGCGCUUCCUUUGGCGCUUAUGGUGUGUCGCUCGAGUGAGCUGCAUGAUUUGCAUAUGACACCCCAUGAAUUGGUUGCCUACGCCUUGUUUGCGAACAAGCGGCAAAGGUCCAAGUUUGGCCCUUUUGGAAGAUGGCAUGAGAGCAUAUGUUACAUAUAUGGCUAAUUUCCAUAAAAGAAUAUCCACAUAUGUUUCUGACAGGCAAAGAAAUUAGGAGGUGCAGGAGAAGCUCAAUGUGCACACAGUGCAAAAAGGGGGAAAUGGAAUAUGACUCAUAAUUAAAUAUAAAUUUGUAUUUCAUUUUUUAAUUUUCAUGUGUUGUUUGCAAAAGAUACUGUUUGGGUGUUUUCUUUUCUUCCAGAGCAUAUUGAGGGGAUGUGCGGAAGGGAUUCAAAUAAUCAAUAUGGACCAUAAGAAUGGACUGGAGAACUCUGAACAAGGAUCUUGUGAUGAAAUGUUCAGAUUCGACACAUCAUCGACACUACGCUGAGAGUCGACACUGCUGAGGAGCGGCAGUGUGAUACAUUCUUAUGUCUUUCUGAUAUUGGGGUCUAGGCAGGGACAGGUCCGGAGGAAGGUUCGAUGGGUCGACCAGCCUGAAUUUGGACAUUGUUUUGAUUAUAUUUCUUGAGGUUUCCACAUGUAUUUGCAUAAACCAUAUCUCUAGAUGAAUUGUUAAGAUUCCUCUUUUCUUUCUUUAAUUGGUCUCGAGUACUGUAUGUGGUCGCCUGGGGCAGAGGGGCCGUGAGAGAAUUUUCCUGUCUAGAUUGUUUAAGGGAAAUUUCCGGAAAGAAAGCUGCCGAACAGGUUUUUCGCUCUCACACUUCAUGACGUUUGUUGUAUGAUUAAGGUUAUGCUGCAGGAAGCAUGGUUUGAAGGAAUUGUUAUUUUUGCCAUAAUUUUUCGAACUAUGUAUGCUUAUUCUUUUGAUUUUCGAGACUCUUCUAGUCUCGAAGGGGGGAAAUAUGUAGUGUCUUUUUGUCCAUAUAUGGAAUAAGAGGGGAAUAUGGGCUUACUUCUCUUCCUUUGGAAUGUUAUGCAAGGGGUUUUUCAAGGACCCUUACCCUUUACUUGGCCUUGAAAGUUACACG